AUCAGCUGUGUCCAAUCACAGCUGAUCACGUGGGACAUGUACACUGAUCAUCAGGGCACUGAUGAUCGGUGUGCCCUGAUGAUCAGUGUAGCCCCAGCAGUGCCACAUAUCAGUGCCUACCAGUGCACAUCCAUGCCACAUAUCAGUGCCCAUCUGAGUUACCUUUCAUUGUCACCCGUCAGUGCUGCCUAACAGUGCCAGUCAGUGUCGCAUAUCAGUGCUGCAUUUCAGUGCCCAUCAGUGAUGCCUGUCAAUGCCCAUCAGUGCCACCUACCAGUGCCACCUAUCAGUGUCCAUCAGUGAAGCCUAUCAGUGCCCAUCACUGCAGCCUCAUUAG